CCCACAAGCGAAUUACACCAACCAUCCACAAGCGGAAUACAGCCACAAUCCACGCGCGAAAUACACACAGAACCCACAAGCGAAAUACAGCCACAAUCCACAAGCGAAGUACACACACAAUCCGCAAGAGAAUUACAACAACCAUCCACAAGCGAAAUACACACAGAACCCACAAGCGAAUUACAUCAACCAUCCACAAGCGGAAUACAGCCACAAUCCACGCGCGAAAUACACACAGAACCCACAAGCGAAAUACACCCAGAAUCCACAAGAGAAACAUACCCACGAUUCAGGAGAGUAUUACACUAUCUAAAUAUAGUCACUAAAUAUACUUGGUCAACCAAGCUGCGAGAAAUACUAGAACCAAGCAACAGGAACGCUUUGUUAAUCAUGCUUGGCUUGAUCAUGGCACAACAAUUCAGCGGAAACUUCAUCACCAUGCAGUAUCUGAAUGUGUUGUUUAGCAAAAUACCGAUCAGUAUCGGACCAAACGUAGCGACGCUGAUGGUCCUGUCUGUCGGCCUUAUAACUAGCAGUUUAAUCAGCUUAAUAGUUGAAUGUCUUAAAAGAAGAGAACUUUUGAUUCUGUCUGGGUUCGGAACGUGUUUGACAUUGUGCAUUUUAGGAAUUUACCUUCUCUUAGAUCAACAAAAAUUUGACGUUUCCAACGCCUCUAUUUUACCAGUUAUCGACCUAAUUAUAUAUCAAAUAAUGUAUCAAAUUGGCUUAGGUACGUUACCCAAUCUUCUCCUAUGCGAGUUAUUUCCUGCGGAACUAAAACGCAUUGUUGGUCCCAUCAUUGUGAUUUUCGAUGGUAUAAUUGGUUUUAUGGUGCCGAAACUGUAUCAAGGAAUUACCAAUACUGAUGGAUUGUCUGCGAUUUACAUUGUCUUCGCGGCAGUAAGCAGUUCGGUAUUUCUGAUGCUGUUCAUAUAUAUACCAGAAACGAAAGGAAAAACAUAUCGCGAGAUUGAAGCGCUUCUACUUAAAACAUAUUUGAGUUCAUAGAAUGAAGAAGUUAGAACCGAUGAAAUGCAUAUUCGUACAAUAUGACAGGAGAAAUUGCACCGUACGUCCGUGGCUCGGUGUUUACUUACUCGGAAUAUUUUAUUUCCCAUUUUUAUUAGUAUAACGAUAAAGAUCUACAAUUUUAUCACGAUAUGCAAGUUUUGUAGUAACGUAGUUUUAUUCGUUUGUACGUGUAAUUUUAGAAAUAUGUCUAACAAAGAUGAUGGUCAUUUACAAACAUGUACAUCGUAUAAACUGACUUGCAUUGAUCUUAGAGGAACACAUGCUUUCAAACUAAACAUUUUAUCCAUUUCAUAACACGAAAAAUGUAACAAUAUCAAUUAACUGGAGAUAAUUGAACAACAGUUGGUAAAAGUAAG